ACUCUCUUCUCACACCAAACGAUGCCGGGCAUCCCUUUCGACCACCCUUCUCUUCCAUAGCAGCCGUCGUCUGUGUUUUCUUUCUUUUCUGUGGCUGUCGCCUCGCGAUCUGAUAAGGAAGAUGUUCGCUCCCUGCUGCGGACCCCCGACCUCUUACUAUAUGUGGCCUCAUCAGCAGUUACCAAACCUGUGGACGAGGCCCAUGCCUACGAUGACCAGCACUUUACCCGCCCCUGCCAAGCCCUGCCCCAUGCACGAUCUGACCAAAAAACAGAGAAGUCACGAGAAAUUGCAGAGGGCGUGUUCGGCACCCAAGCCCUUAUUAGGCAAGAAGAAAUUGAGCAAUGCCUCGCAGGGCCCAGGCAGCGGGGAGGGCUCGGAGCCGAAGCACAACUUCGUGGCCGUGACUCAGCUGGAAGACGAACAGGCUAUCCGGUCCGUAGAGUACCAUCCAUCCGGUAAAUUCUAUGCAGUCGGAUCAAACACGAAGGCGCUCAGGAUAUGCGCCUACCCGAACUGCAAGGAGAUCAGACCAGACCAAGAGCCUCGCGAACCCACGGUUUUGUACAAGAAGCAAAAGCACCACAAAGGCUCUAUUUACUGCAUGGCAUGGAAUGCUACAGGAGACCUGCUGGCUACGGGUUCCAAUGACAAAACAGUCAAGCUCAUGAGGUUUAAUUCCAACACGUGUCAGCUCGAAGACAUCGCCCAUCCCCUAACAAUGCACGGCGGUACCGUAAGAGACAUGUGCUUCAUGGAGGAUCUGAGCAAUAGAUCCAAUCUACUCAUCAGUGGUGGAUCAGGUGACAACAAGAUUUACAUCACUGACUGCGAGACAGCCAUGCCAUUUCAGUCAUUAACCGGACACACAGGCCAGAUCUUGUCCCUGUAUACUUGGGGCGGCGUAAUGUUCGUGAGUAGUUCUCAGGAUAAAACCAUUCGAUUCUGGGACAUGAGAACACAGGGAUGUGUUCAUCAGAUUUCUUCAAGACCUGUCGGAGGCACUGGGCCUGGGAGUGCAGCAGCUGCAAUUUCGGUAGACCCUUCUGGAAGACUCUUGGUCGCCGGCCAUGAAGAUGCCACCUGCAUGCUGUACGACAUGAAAGGAAAUCGCAUUCUGCAGACCUUCAAACCCCACACUGCGGACAUCAGGACUUGCCGACUCUCGCCCAAAGCCUUCUAUUUACUCACAGGAUCCUACGACUGCAAACUCAUGUUGACUGACUUGCAAGGUGAUCUUACUCAACAGCUGGCAACAGUCCGAGUCGCAGAACAUGCCGAUAAAGUUAUUCAAGGCAGAUGGCAUCCGAAGGAAUUCACAUUCAUUUCCACCAGUGCAGACAAAACAGCUACUCUGUGGGCCUUGCCUCAAACAUAAAAACACUGAAACUUCCACUGACACAAACAAACAAGCAUUAACUCAUACUUUCACUUACCCCUCAUCAGUAGAAUAUCAUGAAUUUCUGACAGCUACAUUUUUGUUAAAGUAUAUGUUCUGUAUUUUUGAUAGUAUGAAAAUAUAUUGUGUAAUUCCUGACAAACUGUACAUUAAUCUACGAGAAGUGUGUCACAUCACUUUUCUAUCCAGCAAAUUAACCAGAAUUUUGUAUGGAAUAUUUUGCAAGAAUAUAGAGUGAACUACUGUAUAUAAAUGUUAUUGCUUCCUACUGAAUACAGAAAACUUGUGAUAUGUAUUAUUAAUUCUCACAAUCGUUUGUUUCUUUAAUGUACUGAAAUUUUUGUUUUCUAAAUAAAAUCAUCCUAAUUUAACUGGA